CACACUGACAGUGUUGCAAAACGGCGGCAAAUCAAAGGUCGGGUAUUUAUUUUAAGGGAGAGAUGUUUAUAUUUAUUUGAUAGAGUCAAAUGGCAAACCUCAGUCCACUGGUCUACUGGUCGCAGACCAAACAAACACUGCUGCUCAAAGUCGACCUUAAGGAUGCCAAGGGCGCUAUUGCGGACUUUUCGCCGGUUUCCGUGAAUUUCAGUGCCAAUGGACAUGGAGCCCGUGGAGUGCAUGCCUACAAAUUCGAGCUCCACUUCUAUGCCCUCAUCAACGAUGAAACGGCUACCUUUGUGGUCAGCGACAACAAGAUCGAGCUGCAGAUCCGCAAACUGGAGCCGGAGUGGUGGCCCCGCCUGGUGGCCACUCCACAGAAGCCCCACUGGCUGAAGAUCGACUUCGACCGCUGGCGCACCGAGGACGACGCCGAGCUGGAGGAGAAACCUCGCGACGUGCGCCAGGACUACGGGAAGGAGUAUGCCGAGCUCCAGAAGCGCGAGCUGGGCUAUAUCAAGGAGAAAACCAAGAAGGUGUACAUGAUCUUCUACAACCUGGCCAUGUUCGUGGGCUACCUGUAUAUGAUGGUCGUUGUGGGUGUGCUAUACUACCGCGAUGGAGCCGAUAGCAUUGGCAGGACCUACGCCAACGUGGGCAACGCCUUCAAGUUCAUCCAACUGCUGCAAUAUCUGGAGGUGAUGCACCCCAUCUUCGGCUACACCAAGGGCAGUGCAAUGAUGCCCUUUUUCCAGGUGUCCGGGCGCAACUUCAUCCUGUUCCUAAUGAUCGACAUGGAGCCACGGAUGCACACAAAGCCCGUGGUGUUCUACGUAUUCAUAAUUUGGUCAAUGAUCGAAUUGGUUAGAUAUCCCUUUUACUUGGCCCAACUGCUUGGCCGCGAGGUGGGCCUGCUUACUUGGCUGAGGUAUACCAUCUGGAUACCGCUCUAUCCCAUGGGUAUCCUGUGCGAGGGCAUCAUCGUACUACGCAAUAUUCCCUACAUCGAUGAGACGAAACGGUUCACCGUGGAAAUGCCCAAUCGCUGGAACAUCACCUUCGACAUGGUUCUGUUCCUGAAACUAUACCUCCUGCUGCUGAUCCUGCCGGGCAGCUACUUGGUCAUGUCCCACAUGGCCAAGUUGAGGUCGAAAAAGCUCGGACGGGGACGCGCCAAGCGCCAGCAGCAUCUCCACGCCGACUAGUCGACACAGACUGCCAGGAGCAAGGUCAUCUAUAUUCCAUGGCAAAAUGUGUGAUUUCCGCCCAAUAGAUGGACAGAGAAAACCAAAGAAAAGGAAACCGCACCCCGAACACCUCAGCACUUGUUAAUGACCUCUUUGUGUCGGACAUCGAAAUGCAUUUUCUGCCCGGCCACAUGGCACGGAAGUAUGCAAUAAAACUUCUACUAAUUGCAGGACACAACCGCAGCGAGGUUGCUGCCACACACCACAGCUGAAAGUGCCCAAAGUUUCACCAAGUUUUCGGAAUUUAAGGAAGUGCACAGAAACAUUUGCCAUCAUAAAAAUGCCAAAGAUUGAAACGUAUAAUACACCAAGGCACACACACUUUAAAGCUCAUUUUCAGUUAAUUAACCCAUAAAACAUAUUUGUUAUCAGUUGUAAUAUAAAAUGCAUAAAAUGCUGCUUUGGGUUAAUAUAUUUUCAUGGCUUUAAGCUUGCAAACGCAAUUGAAUUUACAAAAAACCGAAUUUAAAAAUUCUUUUGUAUUGAAUCGACCAAAUUUGGUAAUGUCAUAGUUUAAUAGUUAAAACUUUAUUGCACAAACUAGCAAUAAAAAUUAUGAUUUAUUAGUUGCUUUAAUUUAAUCACUGAAAAGCUAUAUAGUUUAAGCCUUAUGAUGUGUAUUAAAAGUGUCUGAAAAAGGCGGCAAUGAAAAGCAAUAAAAGCCAAUGUAAUAAAA